CUCUACAAUUGACCGCAUCGAGACAUGACGUAAGACUAACGACUCGCCGAGGCGUCUUCCACUACGGCACACGACCGUCGAGUUAGUACGUGUGAGCGUCACCAGAGCCUCAGCGAUGCUUCCGCGGCGCCUGCAACCAUCGCGAUCAGGUGACUCACAUCUCUACUACAUCGCGCCUUCUUGAAGCGGCGUCUAGGCAUCAUUGGCAACGACGUCGUUCACGUUGCUUCUUCAACCUCAACCGGUACUCCGCCAUGGACGGUGCGCCCGCCGACAGUCCCAGCAUCCACCCUCAACUUCGCCAGAGGAUGCUGAACCGCGCCGCCACCUUUGCUGAGGGUGCGCGACCUUCUACUCCACCUACAGCCGCCCCUCGACGCCGCAGCUCCCUCGUCUCCGACCUCUCCGACUCGCGCUAUUCCUUGCGGUCAUCCAGCGACAAUCUUCUGAGAGCGGGUGGGAAGAAUGAUAUGGGCCGACAUGCAUCUUCAGACGAGCCGUCACGAUGGAUUGCGCUGCCUGUGGUCGCCGCCGUGGUCCCUGCCAUCAUUGGAUUGACGGUAGAGAACGGCGCAGAUGUCGCGACAGACGUGUUGAUCUUGGUAUUGGCGGGAUGGUUCCUACACUGGAGUGUCAAGGUGCCUUGGGACUGGUACCACGAGGCACAGCAACGACGAUACCUGAACGACGACGUGGAUGACGCGACAUACGAUGACACGAUACAUGAGGAGGAAGAGGAUGUGACAGAGGCUGUAGAAGACUCUGCGGGCGAGAUGCAGGACUCAAAGGUCAACAACACGACGGCCGAUGCGCCUAUCUCGCGAGCGCAGAAGGAGGCUCGUGAAGCACUGAAGCGGUCGGAGAUGCUGGCAUUUGUCGGCUGCUUCCUAGGUCCUCUACUCGGCGCCCUCCUCAUGCACACCAUUCGAGGCCAGCUCAUGCGCGCCGAAGGCAUAGUAUCCGACGCGAACCUCAGCAUCUUCCUCCUCAUCGCCGAGAUACCCCCCGUAAACCGCCUCAUCAAGAUGCGAACAGAGCGAAUCCUCCACUUGCAGCGCAUCGUCCGAGAAGCCCCAAGAGAGCCCGUUCGAUCAGCCGACACCCAACAGCUCUCACAGCGAAUAGCGGAACUAGAAGGACGGCUCGAUGGCCCUCCGCUCGCCAACAACAACGAGGUAGAUGUAGAAAAGCUCAGCGCCGAAGUCCGCCAAACAACCCAACUCCAACUCGACGCCUUGAACCGCGCAGUUAGGCGCUACGAGAAACGUCACAUGGCGCAAUCCCUACAGAUCGAAGCUCGCUUCCAAGAUCUUGAAGCUAGAUUGGGAGACACACUUGCCCUGGCUGCCGCGGCUGCUAGAACCGGUCAGCGGCCAGGUGUGAUUGCUAUGACGCUGAGCUGGAUUGCCGGUACCAUUAGCUACAUGCUGCAGAUGACUUGGGACAUCGCCAUGUAUCCCUUCCGCACAGCAGCGAUCGCAGUCUCAGUAGCUAAAUCGCUUUUUGUCCGGGAUGAGCGGCAGGCAAAACGGAGGGUGAAGGGAGGGCAGGUAAAUGGGCAUACGGGUAUGACAACGAGUCGGAUGCAAUCGAAACCUGUGCGGUAGUCUACAUAGUCCUAUUAAUACUUUAAUAACACCUUCUUCACCUUUCCAGCUCUGCCCUAUCUGCGUGAAAACUGGGUUAUAUGUUAUCGCAUGACGUUCAA